CCUCGCCUUGUUUUGUGCCGCAUGUGUGCACGCCUCCCCGCCCCUCGCCUUCCGCGCCAAAGGUGUGUGCGAGCGCCAUGGCCGACGGCCUGCCGAUGGCGUUCCUCCAGUGGUACGCCCUGGAGCCCGCGGGGAUCCCCAUGUAAGCAGGGCGUACGCCGUAGAGUGCACAGUUGCGUGCACCGUGAAACACACGGGGAGUUUGCUGUCAAGGUGGUCGACAAGCGCGCUGCCGGGACCGGCGACACUGGCGGUGUCUUCUUUGGCACACAACAAGUCAAGCAGGCUGUUGGACUCCACCCGCACGUGGUUCGUCUUGUGGGGCACGUUGAGACCAGCGGACGACUCUGCCUCGUUCUCGACCUGCUGAGUGGCGGGAUGCUCCCUGACCGCAUUGUUGCUCUCUCGCACUACAGCGAAAAGUGCGCCGCGGAGCUCGUCCGGAACGUCCUCUCCGCCCUCGCCCACGUCCACUCCAGGGGGUACCUGCACCGUGACCUGAAGCCAGAGAACCUGCUGCUCCGCCACAGGGCGACGGCCGCCAGCAGCGACACGGCGUGGCUUUCGGACGUGUGCCUCGCGGAUUUUGGGCUGGCGGGCAAAAUCCUUGGCGGUGCGUGCUGCGGCACACCGCCCUACAUCGCCCCCGAAGUCAUCAUGGCGGGCUACUACGGCACCCAGAGCCAGCCCUACGACGCCAAGUGCGACAUUUGGUCGCUGGGGGUGGUUUCUUACCUUCUCCUAAGCGGUCGAAUGCCCUUUGGCGGGCACUCCCACAGGGAGACGUUCAGGCGUAUUGUGUCUAAUGACUGGGGCUUCAUUGGGGAAAUCUGGAAAAAGAUAUCGCCAAACGCAACUGCCUUCGUCGCCGCAUGCCUGACACCCGACGCAAACAAACGGCCCUCGGCAAAGGAGCUACUUCACCACGCCUGA